GUUCUUGCCAAGAAUUUUAAGGUUAAGGGCUAAAAACCGGAAAUCUCCACAGGCUGAGGUGACGAAAUUGGUACACCGGCUGUCUACGGAUGAAAAUAGUUUAUAAUAAAAGUUAUACUAAAUAUACGUAAUUGUUAAAAGUAUUUAAAUUAAAGCACCAACAUGUUCCGAUUCCAGCCACAUGCAUUAUGUCGAAUAUUGACAGCCUGUAGAAGUGCUGAAUCCUUUUGUCAGAGCAGUGUUCGAUGCCAGCAUGUAUUGAGAAAUGCACUGUACAGUCACACGCAAAUGGUUUGUCAGCGGGACACUAGAUUCAAAUGUGGAAGCCAUGUUUGUACUUCACAGGUUGUUCCAAAUGUAAAUAUAAACGUGUGCUCCCACUUUUCAGUAAACAUUGGACAGAUGUUUUCUGACAAAGAGGAGGAUUCUGAUGAUAAAGACACAGAAUUUGGUUCACAUGUACAUGGGAGCAGCAUUCUUCAUAAAUUCAAGCAAACAUUAGAGUCGGACAGUAGAGUGAAGAUGAGUCCUGAUGAAUGGAAAACACUCGAAAGUGACAUUCUUACAGAAAAUCCUGACUUCGGUAAGUCAUGGAUGGCUACGUGUAUGAUGCUUAUUUAUUCGACUGGCAAUGUUGAGCUAGGGGAAAGUUUACUAGAUUAUAUACGACAGGUCGAUCUCCAAACUUACCCACUCUGUCCACAUUCAUUGCUUUGUGUGGUCGAAGUGGGGGGAAACAAAAACAGAACUUGCUGUUGAGAGAAUUCAGCGAGUUGCAGAAACAGGCAGAGGUGUUUGAUGGCAUCACCACUAAAAACCUAAUUAUCGGGUUCUGUGGAACAGAUUUUUGGAAGAAAUCGUUGGAGUUUUUGGAAAUGACCAAGCUCACCCAAGAUCCGGGACCUGCCUAUUUCAACCCCAUUAUCAUAGCCGCACUCCGGGAAAAAGAGAUGGAUGUCGUGUUUUCGCUGCUCAGUACUUUGGGUGGUAAAGGCAUGGCUCCAAGCAAUGUGGUUUUUGAGAAGUUUAUUAACAUGUGUUCUGGUCUUGACGGUGAAGUGAACAUAAACAUCAGAUCCCUGUUUAAGUAUUUUAGAGAGUUCAACUGGCUUCCAGACCAAGAACUGGCUCAUCAGAUAGAGGAGUUGUUUGUUGGAUCAAAGACAGAAAACUGGAAGUGUCAUUGGACUAUUGUAGACAAAAGUGGAGUUUGCCAGUGUUGUAAGCAUCGUCUUGGUCGCAUUGUCCUCACAGACGCAGACUUUCAGAAUCUUCAGCAACAGUUUCUCACCAGUACUCUGAUUGGAGAGAACGUUUACUUGAAGUCCAACCCAGAAGAGGUGGAGCGGUUUAAAGACUUUAUUCAAGAAUAUGCACCAUUUGAUGUAGUUGUCGAUGCUUUAAACGUAGCAGCAUUCUGCAGGUCCAAUAUGCUGAGGAAAGUUGUUGAAUUCUUUGCAAGGUACCACCACAAACGGGUGCUUGUUAUUGGCAGGGAACACAUGCAGAGAUCACUUGGCAGGAAUCUACAGCCCAUAAUGAGAAUGGCUUCCACAUUUUUCACAGACAACAUAUCUAAAGAUGAUCCCUUUACACUUUAUGCUGCCAUAUACAGUGGAAAGUCGACAAUGCUGGUUUCCAAUGACUACAUGCGAGAUCACAAAUGUCUGCUCAGUCCGAAUCUGCAAGGCGUCUUUGAACGAUGGCAGCGAUCCAGACAGAUAUCAAUGAAAAAAGUGCACCAUGAUAACUUUGUCUUUCAGAUGCCACUCAAGUACGAUAGCGGACCUCAGGAGGAUUCGAAUGGUUGGCACGUGCCGUACGAGGACUGCAGUCAACGAGCUGUGUACGAACAUCCCAACACAUAUUUGUGUUUACGCGCCAAGAAACGACCACAGAAAAGAUCUAAAAAAGAAACAGAUGGCAGAGCCAAUUGAUGUUCAGAUUAUGUUUAAGACUUCAAUAUUUUUAUUCAUGUUAAAACCAUUUUGGUUAGAAAAACAAACUUGAUAACAUGUCCAUCAUUACGGAAUAAAAUCUUUUUAGGGUC